CUCACCUUCCAUAUGCGAUCCACCUAAUCGCUAUCACGAUAAAGAUUACUUUCCAUCUUCAUCCCCUUGAUCGUUCCGAUCCUCUAGGCCCCCACAUCGAUAUUUCCAUUAGGCAUUAAGAACAAGGCGAGAUGUUUCUUGACUUAAAUCUAGUAUCCUCAAGUUUACUACUUACUAUCUUUGAUUUCACUCCCCGGUAUGGCUGGAACUAGUAGACUCUUUGAUUACUUUCACUCCGAAUUCCAUUCUGAUCUUAACUACUAUAUAUUUGUAGCCGCCCGACCGUCCCUUGUUACAUACAGUAGGGUAUUGUCGUUCAAUGAACUGGUUAUCUCUUAUUGUUCUUGUGGCGACUCUCCAGACUGCCAGGUAAGUGAGAUUAACCUCGGUUUCUCAUCUUAUCGGGAUCUUAUCUGGAAUGUUAUAUUUCUGUAUUAUCUUAUCUCUGCAGAACAUGUCCUGCGAUCGCAAUUUGAAACCACACGGAGAACCGGGACAAAAAGGGUGGGCGCUACUGCAAAUACUGCCUGGUUGAGUCACAUGGUACGAGAAAUGACGGCAGAUCCACCGACAGAGGAAAUACCACGGUCUUCCAGAACAAGAAGGCCGAUGUUGUUCGUACGCAAACUCGACACGGAUAUAAGGUCGAGGACUAGAGCAUCACGAUUCUGGAAAUCAUCGUGACAAACGUAUAGACUUUACCAGCUACAAGAGAUUCACUGGGCAUGUAUAGUCAAGGAGACUCCGGUAGAACAUUAUUAACUAGACAGCCUUCAACAGAUGGCCGGGUGGGACAGUAAAGCUCAGCCAAUGGAGUGGUCAUAUGUUCGAGAGGAAGUGCUCCCGAUCAGAUCAUCCAGAGGACAUGGGGAAAAGUCGGAAU